AGCCAUCGUUUUUGGUAAUAAUUUAAAUAAAAACUGGAAAUCCAUAAAGAAUCUAUGAUUCCUACAUUUAACGUAAUUACGUUUUUAUAACUACUAACAAUUGCAUAAAACUUCUAUGGAUAAGGUGCCCUUAAGCACGGAAAUUAUGAUCUUAGUAUUGCCCUUUUGUUUUCUUCGAAUAAACACUGUUUCUUACUAGAAACAUGGAAGAAGUGAGGCAAUUGGUACAGGAAGAAGGCAGAGAAGCGAGGAACCUCGUAGCUUUUCAUGUGGCAGUCGAUACACCCAUCGCCCGUUUCGCUCGUAAACCUCCGCGCUCUACUGUCCCGCCGCCCCGACGCGCUCCGCCGCGGCCUGCCGCGUCGCGUCUCCGCUCGGCUUCUGCCGGACGCGACAAGCGUUCGGAGCUGCGUGCGCGAUAUUGGGCGCUACUGUUUGGAGACCUGCAACGAGCGGUUGGAGAAAUAUAUAAUACAGUAGAAGCUCACGAAAACCUAAAUGAGUGCCAAGAAGUUAUAUUAGUGCUAGAAAAUUAUACCAGAGACUUUAAAGCCUUAGGAGAGUGGUUUCGACUUAAAUGGGAGUAUGACAAUACUCCUCCUCCUCAAAGACCCCAGAGUUUAGCUUGGGAGAUACGCAAAACAGAUUUUGUCCGCCCAGAAUCAAGACGUGCUCAUUCUGUUAAAAGUUCCCCAUCUGUGUCAGGCAAAAAUAGUCCUUGCCUUUCUGGACAUAAUACUCCAAGUGGCAAAAAUAGCCCAAACCUAACUGGCAAAGCCAGUCCAGGUAGUGGCAAGAUAAGUCCUAGAGUUUCCUCAGGACAUGCAACUAGCCCUAAAGCUAAUAUUGAGUUUUUUAGCAAUAAAAUAGCAACAGCUUCUAAAGUUACUACUAACACUAAAACUGAACUAAAACAAGAAACAAAACUAACAGAUAUUAAAGAGAAAGACAUUAUCAAUGUCGAAAAACAUGUUGAAAAACAAAUGCCAGUCUUACAGGUUCAAAACGAAAAUGCUGAGAAACUGGAACCGCUCAUAGUUGAAAUAGGCAAAGCAAAACAAUGUCCAAAUGUUUCACCUAAACCAGUAGUUGUGAAAUCUUCCAAAAAUAAAGCUGUACCCGAUAAUGCCAAGAAAGUGCCUAAUAAAGAGUUGUCUAUACAAGCUAAGGCUACUAAAGCUACAUUAGAUGCCAUGGAAAAUGAUUUUCUCAGCAAGCAGUUGGUCAAUAAUAAAGUCAAAAAUGAUAAUCUUAUUAACCAAGAUAUAGAUGCGCAAAGAAAAAGAGAAAUAAAUGAAACUGUUGAGUCUAAUAUCGCAGAUAAACUGACUGCUAACGAGAAAACCAAUGGUUUAGUCAACUCAGACUCAACGAAAAAUAAAGAUGAAGUUGUUCACAAAAAAACUAUAAAUGAGGUUAUUGUAAAAAGUUCGACAGUAACUGACUCUGAAAAUAAAGUUUCAAUUGAUGCUGUCACUGAUAAUGAAUCUCCAACUAAAUCAGAAGAUAAUUUUGCAGAUGUUUCCAAUGAAAGUUCGACAAAAUCAAUUGAAGAUAAGCACAAUAAAACUGACGGACUGCCUAAAAAAGAAGCAAUAAAAAAAGAGGAACUGGUGUCUAAUCCGAGUGGGAUGGAUAAUAAUACGGCAAAUACCCAAGAAGUUGAAGAUGCUUUAUUGGGUGAAAAAAAAGUUAACGAUGUAGUCUCCCAAGACUGUCCAGAAGUAAAAGAUACUGUAAAAAAUAAGGACGAGCUCAAGAAUGAUAAUGAUUUUAAGAAACCUGAGCCGAAAGUUGACACAAAGACCUUUGUAAGACCAGCUUAUUCACAAGCAGCUGCUAAACCUAAAGCAACUACUACCAAAAUAGAAAUAAAAACGCUUGCAAGAUCCACACCUUUAGCUAGAAGUAAAACUGUUGUAGAAAUUAGACCAAAUACAGCUUCUAAAACACAAAAAAUAUGUCCAAAGAGAAAUCAAACGAGCAAGUGUAGCUACCCAUUUAAUUUGACCACUGGUCGGACCAGUCUCUUUGAUGCUUCGUCCAAUGUUGUGAAUAAAAGUACCGUCCCUAGAAAAGUAGCGAAUAAAAAUGUCCAAAUGGGUUCAGGUGACUCGAAGUUUAAUCAGCCCAAGGUAGAAGUGAAAAAACGUCCUUUAAGGCCUACGAGUCUAAAAGUUAACGAAAAAUUAGAUAAAAAAGAAAAGUCUACCUCUGCACUUGAAAACAUUAAAGAUUGCGAGGAAUAUAGUAGUUCUGAUACAAUUGUUACACAAAUUGAUAGGUCACGUCUAGAAUCGAGUGAGAGCUUACGAACUCUAGUCCCUGAUGAUUUAGAACUCAUUCACGAUGCAGCUAACUCAGUAGAAGUGCUUAACGUAGAUAGCAAUAAGAAUGACAAUGAUGGCUGGCUCACAGUGAAAUCUAGGCGUUUGAGUCGCGAAUCAAAGAAACAAUCUAAAUCACAUUGGUCUAAUAGAUUCCAUCAGCCUUCUGCAACUACCAGCCUGCCUACAUUAAACAUGAUAGAGUCUCCUAAACAAGAAGUCAAGCCUAUAAUCAACACAACAGCUGCUAAUAAGGUAGACAGAGCGAAAUCUGAGCAGCCUCAAAUAGUCAAACCUGAAAAGGUUGUUACCGUAUUUCCUAAGAAUAGGGUUGACGGUAAAACCAAAACUAAUUUAGCUAUGAUUAGACAGAAAUCAGAUGUCACUGGUUUAAAGAGAUCAGCUCGAAGCAAAGCACUCUCCAAGAAAGCCGAAAAAGUCAAAGACACGCCUAAAGAUUCUGAGUCAUCCGAACUGACUAAGAAUCGCCUGCAUUCCUCAUUGGAAAGUCUGACCACGGGCUUAGCCAGGUCCCAAGAGAGUACUGAAGAAGUGUUUGACUUUGACAAAUGGAAGGCAGAAUUCAGAUCUACCUUCAAGUACCUCGAAGAUGACGAUCAGAUGCCGAAUCAUAACGAGAUAUUAAAAUCAGCUGAUCCAUCGGAAAUGUCAGAGAUCGCAGCGAUGACGUCCCAAAUUGAGGAAAACGAGAAGAAGAUUAGUUGGGCCUUGGAUUUCCAAUCUGAUGUAGACCAGAGGAAACUGUGCGAGGAAGAAGACUUGUUGAACCGUCAGAUAAUGGAGUUACAGCAGGUGUCGGACAUAGACUUGGAUACCGAGACGGAUGAUACUGAAACGGACGCGGAAAUUCUCUGCGAAGACGUGCCGUCGCUGGCGUCACCCGAAAACCUGGGCGCACUGGCGGCCAGCCUUGAAGAUCAGUAUGAGACGGCCUUAGCCGGGAUGUCCUGGGCCGAGCGCGUCGACACGCUGGUCGUUUUAGAGGCGCUCGUUGCUAGGGACCCAGGUCGAGCUCAGCAGCUUCAUGCUAAACUCUCGCAAGGAAUCAAAAGACGUGGCAGUUUUCAAGAUGCGCUAAGAAGGCUACAAGCUAAACAGGCGCGCGCUGAACGACAAAGAUUGGAAUAUCAAACGGAGAGGGCUAAGAAAAUUCACCUACUGCUGGCCAGAGUUGAAGAAGUCAAGGUAGCUAAGAAUCAGCUGAUUGAGGAGAAGCGUCUAAGAAUGGAACGCCGACUGCAAAAGGCCACAGAAAAUCGAGAUCAACAUUUAAAAGAUAUCGUCCGCAAAGCGCACGAUGAAGAAGAGAAAUUACGAGAGAUCGCAUUCAUCAAGCAGCUAGAAGCGGAGAACAGAAGACACGAGUUUCUGGACCAAUGUCGGACACACACCACUCGUCUCAGGCGAGUGAGGCGCGACCGACUUAAUAAACUGGAACAAAAAGCAGCACGCGAAGCCGCCGUCGGCGCUAGGAGGCAGGCCCUUGAAGCAGAGAGACAGCGGCACGUGCAGACCUUGUUAGAGCGUAGGAGGGAGCGAGACAGACGCGUCGAUGGCCUGCGAGAGAUGAGACGGCAGGAGAGGGACAUUGCGGCGAGAGAGAAGGCGGAAGGUGUAAAGUCCCGUCUAUCAGCCUUAGCCGCCGCUGCAGAGCUGGAAGCGGACGCCUUGAGGUCCAGGAUCAGGGACAAGCAAGACGCCAGUCAGCAGAGAUUGGAGUCGCACCUACAAGCUAUCAGAGAGAAGGCCACAGGACCUAGGCAGCCGACGACAUCGGAGAGCCAGGACAACGACCUGGACGAAGCGGUGCGGUUGGAGCAGGAGCGGAAAGAGAGGGACAAGACGAAGGCGCUCAAGAAGAAGGCGAGGAAGGUCAAACAGAAGCUUUUAGCCUCUGGAAACGAUCAAUCGGCCAGCGAGCUUCGCAUACCCAUAGACGCUUUCCUGUAUCCCGCCGUCAACAAAAUGUACAAAGUCUUCCAGCAAAUCAACAACAUUCUCUCACCGCUGCUGGUCGGCGAGAACGACGAACAGAAAACAGAAAAACGUGAAACAAAUACUAAAGAAAAACAUGAAACAGAUGUCAAACAAACAAACAAGACAGAGAUUAAAGUCAAUGGAGAUGUCUCUAAAGACGAAAAAACGGCUGAACAACAACCGGAAAUCAAAGUAAAUGGCGAUGACGCUAAAGAAGAAACUGUCGAAAAAAAGAAAUCUAAAAAGAAAAAGAACGUUGAAAAACAAGAAUCUUCGGAAAAUAAUAAUAACAAUAAUGUUGCCACAGAAGUUAAAGAAGGUAAAAAGAGCAAAAAGAAAAAGAAGGAUGAUAAACUGAAGAAGACUGAGAGUAUUUGCAGCUCGCUCAGUGAUAUGAGCAAGACCAGUGAUAAGAAUGAGAGGAAGAAUAAAGUGUCGCUGGACACAAUGCAUUUAGAGAGGUUGCUGAAUGAACUACACAGGAUGUUGGACAAACCGGAUAAGCAAGCAUCAGACAAGGCCGUGUUCAAGAAGCUGCACGGGCUGAAGGCGCUGGAACAGCUGCUGGCCCUGGCGGCCGAGAGAGAAGACCUCGCCAAUCAAAUCACUUCCAAGUGCGUAUCCACGGCUGUGAGUAUAUCGACGCGCGGCGCCUCGACGGACCCUGAGAGCGCACGUAACCUUUUGUCUUCCAACGCCUCCGUCCACGUCGUCAAGCUGUUGGCCAACCAAAUGGAGAAAGACCUCUCCGAUCCGCGGGAGAUGGAGCUGGCGUGUCUCCUACUAGACUGGUUGUCGAUGGCUCUGGACUCCGUGACGCAGAUAGUCUCGCCACCGGCCACUUGGGCGAGGGCUCACAUGCUUGUCAGGUUAGUGGUGCAGGAGGACCCUCACAGAUCGUCGGGGGAUGGAGCUGAUGUGUCACCUACUGGACUGGUUGUCGGUGGGCCUGGACUCCGUGACGCAGAUAGUCUCGCCACCGGCCACUUGGGCGAGGGCUCACAUGCUUGUCAGCUACCUCUGCCUGAGUGGCGUGGCCCGCGCGGACACCGUGGAAGAGGUCCACGACGGGCUGCACACGCUGCUCACCGUCUGCUGCAUGCUGUGCAAGCCGCGCGUACAAGACGUCAAUUAUAUUAAUAAUAGUCCAGAGCGCUUAGCGGCAGCUCAAUCCCUCCACGUAGCCCUAGGACGGGGCUUAUGCGGGGUGCGCGCCGACUUUUGCGCGCUCUUUAGUGGCGCGGAGGUGGUCGCGCGAGACUUCGUACGCGCCGCCAGGACCGG